UGCUCCACCCCCUCCCUCAGAAGGCUGAGGCUGCACUUGGAUCCUGGAACUGCAACCAUGAACACGUCCUCUCCACUGCGCGACUGCCAGGCCUGGAAGGAUGCCGGGCUGCCGCUCUCCACCACAAGCAACGAAGCCUGCAAGCUGUUUGAUGCCACUCUGACGCAGUAUGUAACGUGGACCAAUGACAAGAGUCUUGGCGGCAUCGAGGGCUGCCUGGCGCGGCUCAGAGCAGCAGAUCCGAACUUCGCUAUGGGCCAUGCCAUCUCUGCCGGCCUCAGGCUGAUUGGCACCGGAAGCUCCAGGCAGCUGGACAAAGAGCUGGACCUGGCCGUGAAGACCAUGGUGGACGUGUCGAAAGCACAGGCCCUGACCCAGCGGGAGCAGCUGCACGUGUCUGCCGUGGAGACAUUUGCCAAUGGGAACUUCCCGAAGGCCUGUGCCCUAUGGGAACAGAUUCUCCAGGACCACCCGACGGAUAUGUUGGCCCUUAGAUUCUCCCAUGAUGCCUAUUUUUACCUGGGCUACCAAGAUCAGAUGCGAGAUUCCGUUGCUCGAAUUUACCCCUUCUGGUCACCAGAUGUCCCCCUGAGCAGCUAUGUGAAAGGCAUCUAUUCUUUUGGACUGAUGGAAACCAACUUCUACGAUCGGGCGGAAAAGCUUGCCAAAGAGGCUCUGUCUAUCACCCCGACGGAUGCGUGGUCAGUGCACACCAUGGCCCACAUCCACGAGAUGAGAGCAGAGGUGCAGCAGGGUCUGGAGUUCAUGCAGCACUCAGAGGCGCACUGGAAGGACUCGGACAUGCUUGCCAGUCACAAUUACUGGCACUGGGCUUUAUUCCUGAUUGAAAAGGGCGACUACGAGGCGGCACUGACGAUCUACGACACCCACAUCCUGCCCCGACUGCAGGCCAGCGGCACAAUGCUGGACGUGGUGAACACCUGCUCCAUGCUCUACCGCCUUCAGAUGGAAGGAGUGUCCGUGGGCCGGCGCUGGCAGGAUGUCCUGCCUGUAACGAAGAAGUACACACGUGAUCAUGUCCUGCUAUUCAAUGAUGCGCACUUCCUAAUGGCCUCGCUGGGUGCCCGGGAUGCCCAGACCACGCAGGAGCUGCUGACCACCCUGCAGGAGGCCAGCGAGUCCCCGGGGGAGAACUGUCAGCACCUCCUGGCCCGAGACGUGGGGCUGCCCCUGUGCCAGGCCAUGGUGGAGGCGGAGGCCGGGAAUCCCGACCGUGCUCUCGAACUGCUUCUGCCCAUCCGCUACCGGAUCGUCCAGAUCGGAGGCAGCAAUGCCCAGAGAGAUGUCUUCAACCAGAUACUGAUUCACGCGGCCCUGAACUGCACUUCCAGCAAGCACAAGAACGUGGCCCGGAGCCUUCUGAUGGAGCGGGACGCCCUGAAGCCCAACUCGCCCCUGACCGAGCGGCUCAUCCGCAAGGCCACCGCCGCGCACCUCAUGCAGUGAGCGCGCCCGGCCACCUCGGCCUGCAGGACCUCCGCAGGGGGCUGGCCAGCCUCAGCCCAGCUGCCCUCUGGGCUGAGCUUAGGAAACACCUGCUGUAAGCCCGCAGUUCUACAGGAGGACACAGAUCUCAAAUGCGAUUCAGAACCUUAGGGCCAGCAUGCGUUGUUAAGCAGUCAGAACCAAUGGGUGCUGCUGUGUUCUACUUGCCUACAACUAGGUUUUCUUAGGGCUUGCUUUUGCUCCUGCUUCAGGGUUGCUCCAGCUUGGGAGGAAGGGCAGAGGUAGGGUGGGCUCUGCGGGGGAGCAGUCUCCCAAACACAGGUCCUGUCCACGGCCUCCUCCUGCUCCCCCCACCACCUCUCCCUGAGAACUCCUUGGGUUCCAUCUUCCUGGUGCUCUGGACAGACUCUGUUGUCACAGCCGCAGAGGCCUGCCUGUCCUGGCUGCCUCCCUGCCUUUGGCCUCAGGCCCUGCUGGCUGCACCCACUGCCUCCUGCCCAGCUCUGCAGGGACGACCUGGAGGCCCCAGGGUGGAUUCGGCGGUGCUGACUGGAGCUCAUUCCUCUAUUUCAACUGUCAUCGGACACGGCUUCCCCGUCCUCUCGGAGUCCAAUGCUGUGAGGGCACAAGAUGCAAUUCAGGGCAGCUCUGCUGUGGCACAAACCAAAGCCCGACACGAGGCUGUGACAAGGCCUGAGCUGUCGCCUGAAUGCCAGCUCUGCUCUGCUUGCUGUCCUCACCCUGGCUGAUGUCCCCACGCGUGUGCUGAGCAGCUG